CUCACUCUUCUUCAUCAGCUCGCUCAUUUUCCUUCUCGUAUCAUCGUUUCAGUUCUUCAGUUUCUCUAGAAAUGGCUUCCGCUGAUGUUGAAUUCAGAUGUUUCGUAGGUGGUUUGGCCUGGGCCACUACCGAGCAAUCGCUCGAGCAAGCUUUCUCUCAGUACGGCCAAGUCGUCGAUUCGAAGAUCAUCAACGAUCGUGAGACUGGAAGGUCCAGGGGAUUCGGAUUCGUGACGUUCAACGAGGAGCAGUCGAUGAGGGAUGCGAUCGACGCGAUGAACGGUCAGGAUCUGGACGGGCGUAGUAUUACCGUCAAUGAGGCACAGUCUCGCGGCGGAGGUGGAGGCGGAGGAUUCCGUGGACCUCGCCGUGAUGGAGGCGGCAACGGCGGUGGCUACGGACGUCGUGAAGGCGGAGGUGGAUAUGGAGGCAACGGCGGUGGUUAUGGAGGAAACGGUGGAGGUUAUGGCCGCCGUGACGGUGGCGGUUACGGUGGGGAGCGUUCUUCAUACAGGGGUGGAUCUGAUGGAAACUGGAGGGAAUAAGUAUUAGGUUGCGACUCUUUAUUAGUAAUUUCCGUUGCUGUUUGGUUACUUGUUCUGUUACGGUGUUCCGCUAUAAGUGAUUUGUUCCUUGGGUCUUUGGUUACUGGAUUUCUGUUGCUGUGUCGAAUUAAAGUUUACAACGUUCUGAUGAAUGAAGUGAAUUGAUAUUCUAAUUGAA